AUGCUUAUUGAAAGUUUUAGCAGAGAAUAUCACCAUUCACGGUUCAAUUCUCCACUACCGAACCCACUGCUAUCAUCAGCCCAACCGACUUUAUCGACUCUAGGCAAUCAAACGUUCAAUUCUCCACUAAUGAACCAACUGCUAUCAUCAACCCAACAGACUUUAUCGACUCUAGUCAAUCAAACGGUUCAAUUCUCCACUACUGAACCCACUGCUAUCAUCAGCCCAACCGACUUUAUCGACUUUAGUCAAUCAAACGUUCAAUUCUCCACUAAUGAACCAACUGCUAUCAUCAACCCAACAGACCUUAUCGACUCUAGUCAAUCAAACGGUAAGUCUCCGCGCUCUCGGUGUAUUUCCAUGAAGAUUUCCAGAAGAUUUCCUCUUCAAGACAAUCAGGAAGCCGCUACCAGAUUGGAGAUUAUGCGCAUAAAUGAAAUCAUAUGGAGCAAAGAUAAAAUGUAA